UGAGCCUUGCGAAGAAAAAACCUUUCCCCAAUGACACCGAGUUGGAGAAGCUUCAUUUCACAUCAUUGUUUUGUUUCAAUUUCUAAACAUUGGUGAUAAAAGCUUAACCAAACUCGCCACUCUACGAACAUGGCGGCGCAACUGAGCGAUGUUGACUACGUCACCAGCUUACAAUCCAGGAUCAAGGAAUUAGAAGCUGAGAAUGCAAAUCUUUUAUCUCGACUUGCUCAUUGUCAUUGCUCUCAGGUUGAUAAAAAAUUAUACAGUCCCAAUGGUAAAGCCACGGAAGCGACAGAACAGAAAAAAUCCAACAUGAAACCAGAAGAAAAUAUAAAGAAAAAGCCAGGCUAUAACACAAAGUUUAUGAGUCAUCAUAACAAGAGAUAUGUAGCUUUAAAAGUUAUGUACUUUGGAAAAAGGUUCUAUGGUUUUUCUGCAGAGGCACAAAUGGAACCAAGUGUCGAGUCUGAAAUUUUUAAAGCUCUUGAGAGAACAAGGCUAUUGGUUGGUGAUAAGAAGGAGUCGCAAUAUUCGAGAUGUGGUAGAACAGACAAAGGGGUAUCCUCUGUUGGAAAUGUGAUAGCUCUUUUUCUAAGAUCAAAGCUCAAAACAUCUGGAGUAAAUAAUGGAAGUUCUGGAGAAGUUGUUUCAGAAGAGCAACUUGAUGGGGAACUUGAUUAUGUGAGGGUUAUAAAUCGAGAACUUCCAGAUGACAUUCGAGUUCUGGGCUGGUGUCCUAUUCCUGUUGAUUUCCAUGCAAGGUUCAGCUGUUUAGGCAGGGAGUAUCGAUAUUUUUUUUGGAAAGAAAAUUUGAAUAUCAGGGCUAUGGAGAGUGCUGGAACAAAACUUGUGGGAGAACACGACUUUAGAAAUUUCUGUAAAAUGGAUGCAGCAAAUGUGCACACCUAUGUGCGGCGUAUCACAGUGUUUGAGAUUUAUGCAACAGAUGUGAGGUAUGAUGAUAAUCAACUUUGGGUGAUUAAAUUCAGAGGUCGAGCUUUUCUAUGGCAUCAGGUUCGCUGCAUGGUUGCUGUUCUGUUCUUGAUUGGCAAAGGUCUUGAAUCUCCAGAUGUGAUUGACAUGCUACUGGACACCAACAAGAUUCCCAGGAAACCACAGUACAUUAUGGCUUCAGAAGUUCCUUUGGUUCUUCAGUCCUGUGACUUUGAAAAUAUCAAGUUUAUGUGUUCAACAGAUUCGGGAAAAACACUACAUGCACACUUGGUUAAUGAAUGCCAAAGCUACCAGCUUCAAGCUGCAAUCUUUCAAGAAGCUAUUCUUAAUUGUGUCCCUCAAUUACACGAUCAAUGCUUGACACCAGUUCGAGGAUCUAAGAAGAAAACCUCCUAUAUCCCUCUCAUGUCGCGACCAACUGAGCCAUCUUAUGAAGAACGGCGCGCCAAACUCAGCUCAUGUACAUGAUGAUUUCAUUGGCCAUCUCCAUUUUUUAGACCUUCUAUAGAGGUUGUAUUAUUAAAUGGUAACAUUUUUUAUUUUAUUUGUAUUUGGGGUUUGGUUUUUGAUGAGGUAUUCAAGCCCAGGAGAUUACAAUUGCGAGCAGUGAUCAUGGUAUAAUAGUCUUGGUGAUAGAAUGAAUGCAUAUGAAUGCAUAUAGCAAGACCAUUGCAAUGCAGAUGAAGAUGAGAGCUCAAGUAUCUGGUUGUAGUUGUAACAGUUAGAAAUUUCCCUCUGUAUGCUAGAUCAAAUUAUUAUUAUUAUUUUUGCUUAAACUAAUGAAAGGUUUUUUGGGUCUACAAAAGCAA